GUAUUUUAGUGAGGGGAAGUUAGGAGAACUGAAAAAUUCAACAUAUAAAAUGGAGAGGAGGGGAAGGAAUAGGAACCAUCUGAAGAUGGUGGGUUGGAAGACAUGGAUUUGCUUCAAGCAAUCCUUCCUCCUCCCAACUAAGUGCUUCCUUCUCAAGCUUGCUUCACGCUCAAGGCACAAAUCCAAAGGAAGUGGGCAUGGAUUGGUGAGCUUGUACAAAGACAUGGAGUCUUAUGGGGAAUAUGAAGAUAUAAGAGUGAUGUGGGAGAUUAUUCACUCUUGUCAACAGAAUGCAAACAACACUAAAAGGAGGAGGAAGAGGUCGUCUUCUUGCUGGAGAUUCUGUCUUCAGCCUACAUAAAUUUUGUCCUUCCUUUUCAAGAGAGAUAUAUAAAUCUUAGCUUUGGUUCUGCAGGAUUUCACAUGUAAAUACCAGUAAUCUGAGCGAGUAUACAUGAUAGUUUGCUCUCGA